AUGUCUGAGACCGCGCCACCCGCUCCCGCCACUUCCACUCCCCCUGAGAAGCCCGCGGCCGGCAAGAAGGCCAAGAGGCCGGCCAAGCCCGCGGCCGCUGCCAAGAAGAAGCCUACGGGCCCUUCCGUGUCGGAGCUGAUUGUCCAGGCCGUGUCGUCGUCCAAGGAGCGCAGCGGCGUGUCCCUGGCCGCGCUCAAGAAGGCGCUGGCGGCCGCCGGCUACGACGUGGAGAAGAACAACAGCCGCAUCAAGCUGGGCCUCAAGAGCCUGGUGAGCAAGGGGACCCUGGUGCAGACCAAGGGCACCGGCGCCUCGGGCUCCUUCAAGCUCAACAAGAAGGCGGCCUCCGGGGAGGCCAAGGCCAACCCCGCAAAGGUAACGAAGGCCAAGGUUGCGGGCGCUUCAAAGAAACCCAAGAAGGUCACGGCGGCUGUCAAAAAGGCGGUCAAGACCCCGAAAAAGGCCAAGAAGCCGGCUGUGACCAAGAAGGCUUCCAAGAGCCCCAAGAAGCCCAAGGUGGUGAAGGCUAAGAAGGUCGCCAAGAGCCCCGCCAAAGCCAAGGCCGUGAAGCCCAAGGCGGCCAAGGCCAAAGUGACCAAGCCCAAGACGGCUGCCAAGCCCAAGAAGGCGGCACCCAAGAAGUAA